CUAAUUUUGCAAUUCACCUUUCCUUUUACUUCUUACCACGAUGAUGAUUCCAAGGACGCGGUCAAUAUCGUUCAGGCUGGUCGCCCUUGGCGGCAUAUUGACACUUUUUCUCGUUCUCUAUACCUUGACAACUACACCAUCCUUUGAAUUUCUACCAUUCUUCUCAGAAGGAAGAAUCAGAUCGUCGUGUCCACCAGAAGAGUAUUCCAACGGGCAAUGGGUCUAUGAUACCUCGGCCACAAACCGCAGCAUGACGACCCAAUCGGACGCCAUUGAGUUUUCCGGCUUUCAAGGCUGCGCAAGCUCACGGGAAUUCUACUGGCACCUCGGCGCCGGAGAGAAGGAGGAAGAGCAACGGCGGUUCCCACGAGUGACUAACUGGCGCUGGCAGCCCUCACCGCAGUGCACGACGCGUGAAUUCACUGCAGAAGCGAUGGUACGGGACUUGGUAGAGCAGGGCGGAUGGCUGCUUCUUGGCGACUCCAUAACGGAGGGCCAAUUCUUCUCUCUUUCUUGCAUGCUCUUUCCGCACGUAAUUGCAACCCCGGACUAUGUCAAGAACCCUUACUUUGACCGUGCAUGGCCUCAGAAUCUUUACCUUAACCCAGAGUCGCCGCUUAUUCGCAAGCUUCGGUUCCCACCAGGCUUCGACAUCACUAUCACACCGCUCGUCACUUUUCGCCGAGUCGAUCUGCUGCUCGAGCAAGAAGAGCUCGUGCAACUUCACCGUGCCUUGUAUGAUCCUCCGGAGGAUUUUAGCCUCUUUAGUGAGGAACAAGCAUGGAACCUCAGUCCGAAUUAUUAUCUACAGUUGUUCGCUGCCCCGUUGCCGGAGGCCAACUAUGGAAGCAUGAUUCUUAGCACCGGCGGACACUGGACGACCACUCUUUUUUCUGGUUACCGGGAUGAGUCGAAGGAGCAGGAAGGGUACGGAAUCGACGGAGUUAUCCAAUUUUUCAGAGAGGCAAUGUCUUUCUGGGCCGAUCAGGUACAGAGUGGAGUGAGGAACAUGGGUGGCCAGGUACUGGCCAACGGCAAAAGAGGUCGAAGACAGGAGAUCCAGCCGUGGAUUUGGAAAUGGUUCAACUGGGCAAAUAUAGAAGAGUACAACGCAGUCUUUCAGGACGUGCUUUCGAACACGCAAUACUCCGACAUACACUUCCUGCCUAUUGAUAGACCAGCGCGUUUACGCCCUGAUGCGCACGUUGCGUCCGACUGCCUUCAUAUCAUGACAGGUGCUGGCGUCUUAGAGGGCUGGUCGCACUAUACCUGGCACUACCUCACUCAAGAACUCAGAUCGCAGAUUCAAUGAUCGACACAUACUACCAUCGGACAGCUUUAGGAUAUCAGCAUCAUUUACAUUAUUCUUCCUCUAUAUCCUUUAUCACUUUAAAAAGGACAUAUUGUCCUAUACAGACUUCGCAUAGGUGAAGGUAUAAUAUGAAUACGGGACAUUUUUUUUUGUUGGUACAUAGCUGGAAAAACUAGUGCUUUAAGGUGCUGUACACACCCUAUCGCCGAUAUUUGC